AUGCUAGACGCCUUCUCGAAAGCUCAGGAUCCCGCGAAUCAGGGUGCCCAGAAGGCUCGGGUUGGCGAGUGGCCUGGACUAUCUGAUCGUUAUAAGAUUCCCAGUGAGGCGCUCUGCCUUACUUUCACAGACGCAUAUCUGUCCGACACACAUCUGCUACACCCUAUACUAGCCCGACAUGAAGUCUGCGCGCUGAGAGAUAAAGUCCUGCCUUUUGUCACUCAAGAUGCCGUCGAACUGGCACGCCUGAAAUCAAGUGAAGCCACAGCACCCAACGGGGUCCGUACAUCUCGACGUGACUUCUUUCAAGCCUUUCUCAUAUUCGCCAUAGGCUGUGCCACCGUUGGUAACCGGCCUCUUUCGUAUCCACGAACUCAAAACUUCGCCAUCAUUAUUCCAGAUCCCAAAGCAGCAGUCCUCAGUUUAUAUAAGUCAGCCAUGCUUUUUAGUGACGACACCAUUGUCGUCCCUGGCUUGGACGCAUGCCGAAGUCUCUUAUUGCUUGCACGCCUGUCCACCUUGUGCCGAACUAGACUAUCAGUAUGGGAAACAAGCAGGAUCUGUCUAGCCAUGCGUGGUUCCAUCAGCCCUUUUGAGGAGCAGAUGCGACGGAGGGUUUUCUGGGAUUGUUACAAGCUUGAUUGCUACUCAUCUAGCACGCUCGGUCGUCCAGUCGGCAUACCGGACGCCGAUAUCGAGGUGCAAUUGCCCUGCGACCUUGAUGACGGUGUCAUUAUGGGACUCCAGGCGCUACCAGACGAAUCGCACCUUCACAGUCCAAGCAUAACCACCAGCGAGAUGUCCGUGUUCAUCCAUUCGGUUCGAAUGCGGCGGAUAACUUCAGAGCUGAACCGAUCUUUGAACCAGGAACAGGAUUUCAUCACUGGAGUAGGGCUAUCAUCGACGAAGACAGCGGGAGAUGCAUAUCGACUGCUGAAAACAACGAUCGACCGUCUAGAUGAGUGGGAGAGUAAUUCGCCAAUUCAUUCAUCAUUUACGUCACUAUUCCAGUUGCCAUCAUACAUGAAGAUUCUAGGACAGAAAGAAAGGCUAUGGCUAGGAAAAUUACUCAUCGACCGCAUGCCAACGCGGGACGGGUGCCCUCCCUUAGACGUUCUUGUUAUUUGCCAGGAAGCGGCAAUAAAUAUCAUCCUAGAGUACGACAAGGGCCGCCAAGUACCGCACCUGAUGUAUUUCCUUCGCGCAGAUCUGCACCUAAUCUUCCAGGCGGGCGUGUCGCUAUUACUGGCUGUUGCCGUGAAGGACCGUCUCUUGCAACGGAAUUCUCUUGAGGGAUCCAGUCCUCUUCCCGUGCACCAGGAAGAUUUGCUGCUAGCGAACCUCCCAACUACGUCGGCGGAGGAGGCUUUACAUCUUUGCGAUGACUUAUUACAGGAGAUCACAGAGGUCUUGGAGGAGUCGACGCUCUUAAGAGACAUUUUUCACAUCUGCCACGGACACCAACGCCCUACGCAUGACGACGUUCAACAACGUGACGCAGCUCUCGGCCCGUUUGCAACAAACUUCGAGUCAAACGAUGUACCUACUAGCUCAAGGCCCAACCAGAGAAGCCCUCAUCCGCUGAUCGACCCACAGCUUGCUGAGGGUGCGCCUUGUAUAGAAAACACCCAGCCACCUUCUACGAACUGGAAUCCCUUAAAUAAUAUGCCCUGUUUUCAAGAUGCCGGUGAUGGACCUGUUGAUGAAAUGCAGUGGAUGACGAGUGAGGUCUGGGGUGCCCUUCAAGAUGAGAUGACGCAGUACUUCAGCGACCCAUCCGCAGAGUUCGGAAAUUGGUCAUUCUAUUAA